GCGAAGAGCCGCGGAUCCAAGCAGUUGCAAGAAAGGUCGCGCAUGCACCCAAGCCGCAGCAGCGGGUCGGUCCCCGCCACGUCGCCAGCGCGGUCGGAGUCGUCGCCCAAGAAGAAAAAGGUGUUUACGGUCGCGCGGCCGUUCCCAUCGCCGCUUGACUUUGUCCCGACCCACGAUGCGUCUGCGGUCGACGAGCGCAAGGCCGCGCUCAAGGCCCAAGUCCGGCGCGAUUGCCAAGGCAAAGUCAAAUUGCACUCGGCGCUCGGGACGCAGGACGAUGUCGAACACUUUAGCGAGUACCUCACCGCGCCGAUCCAAGGCGGCGCCAAGGGCAUCCGGUCCGGGCUCAAGCGUAUAGGGAGCAACACGGGCUUGGGGCGAGGGCCCAGCGCCAAGAGCCUACUCGGGAACGAGACGUCGCGGUCGCGCGCGUCCACCGACACGAGCAACUACAACAACAACAACAACAACAACAAUGCGAGCUGGUCGUCGCUGCCAGCGACAACCCUCAUGUCCCCGACCGAGAGCUCGCCGGCAGCGACAGUCCAGCGAACGCAGCUCAUCGAGUACAAGAAGAAGCUGCGGCAAAUGCCCAUCCACGAACGCAUCGCGAUGGCGCGCGAGAAGAACGUGCUUUUGAUUUGGGAAAAGCGCAACCGCGAGUGGGAGCAAUUCAAAACCAAAAUUUCUCAAAAGCUCCACAAGGCCCAAGACGACCUCGUCAUGAGCAAGGCCGGCGAGUACCGCCAGCAAAUGGAGGAGUACGACCUUAUCAACAAGGCGACACCCCAAGUCGAGAAGCACGGCAACGACUACUGGACGGUGAGCUUGCGCGAUGAAGGCACGCGGUUCGUGCCGGUCGGGAACGUCUUUAGCGGUCUCUUCUGCCCUAUCAAGGAAGACAAGAAGCCAUACUCGGAGACCAUUCGCCGACCCUUUGACCACCAUCGCAACGAGCAAACCGCGAGGAAGGCCAACGACCCGCUCGCCCUCCGGAAGCGUCAGCUCCGAAAGAACAUCCAAGCCAUUCGCCCGCACGUGAUUGACAGUCACCAUUGUCAAGGGCUCAAGGUCGAGUCCCGUGACCUCUUGGAGUGGGCGUCGUCGUCGUCGCAGCACUACUACGAUGCGCUACUCAGUCUUGAGCGCAGCCAGCCGGCGUCCGUCGCGACGUUAUAUCAGGAGACACCGAACCUCUCGCGCGCCAACUCGCAGCUCGCACGCGUGCCAACCGGCCGCGCGCCGUUGACCCACCGUAUUGACGGCCCGUGCAUUCAAUUUCUGAGUCAUCUUGCGGGCGACCCGAUCCCAGACGAGGUAGCACUCGCGUUCCACACACCGAUUCGUGCAGUGCAGUCGCUGCCCGUGUACAUUGCCAACCCGAGCACGUACACGGUGCAGUUUCGCUGGGCGCAGUAUGGACCGUCGCACCGCGACUUUGCCCCGAAAGCCGCGGGUCUCUCGCCGCGUACCUUUGUGUCGCACGCCCAAGGGUUUCUCUUGCCGGGCGAGGUCCGGACCUUGCAUUUUGGCUUUGCAUCGGCCGUGCCCGGCGUCUUUCUCGAGCGAUGGAAGAUCAGCAUUGACCCGUCGCUGCCCGACAACAACACGGUCUUGUACGCUUCGGAGCAUGCCGUGCACCUCACCUGCGUCGCCAUCGAUAACCGCGCGCCGGUCCACACGCGCGCGCUAAUGGAGAUCGCCAUGAACCAGCGCGCCGUGCCCUACAUGGUGGAGACGCUACUCCGCGAGCUCCUUGGCCAAAUCGAGUAUCCGAAUAAGAUCCAAGUCGACUACGAUGCCGAGGCGACGCGCGCAGCGUUUGAGGCCACGAACGCCCGCUUCUGUGCCCACUACGACCCCGAGCUCUAUGGCCAAAUGCACCUGCUCUACGAGCGCGCGCAAAAUCUUGUGGUCGCCGAUGCCCAAGCCAAACUACUGACGCCGGCGAACGAUGCCACGUCGCCUCGAACAACGAUGGCGCCGCCGUUGGACCCGAUGGCGUGGGACGGAGCGUUCCCAAUGCUGCGGGCGAUGGCCAAGGCUGCCGAUGUCAUUUCGGAAGCAGCUGCGAUCGCGAUUGUGGCCGAAGAAGCUGCGCGCAAGGCGGCGUCCGGUGAAGACGACGACGACGACGACGAUGACGAGAACAAGCCUUCGACGCCCGUGUACAAGCCAGUGUUUCAAAUCACGUGCUGUGAGCUCGAGUUGCUCUCGCAGUUUCGACCGCACGACGGCGUCUUCUUGCAGGCGCAGCUGACCGACCACUUUGCGGGGCUUUGUAGUGAGAUCCCGGUCGUGAGCUCCAUUCUCCAGCAUGAUCAGUCAGGAGAUGCUUUUUAUGACGAAUUGUACUCUCAAGGGCGCGCGUUCCUGGCCCAAGCCGUCGAUGAGAGCGUCGCCGCCACAAUGGCCCAGGAAAUUGACCAAAUCGCAUCCGCGCUGCAGCGUGACAAGCUCUGGCUAACGUCGGUCGCGACGACAUAUCCGGCACCGAGCCCCUGUGACGACCGCACUGUCUUGUUGUACGUCGACUUGGACGUGGCGCACUGCUUUACGGUUCGCGCGCGGGAGCCCAGUGCGGGGGACGAGACCGAGGUCGGCACUGAGUGGGGCUGGAUCGACGGCAUCGACACUUUCAUCCCCAAGAAAAUUGAUGCCGUUGCCGCGUGGCUCACGACACUCUGCGCGCAGCACGAAGCCGCGUACGACGCGACAAGCAAUGUCACGGUGACGUUUGUGCUCGUGAGUCGCAUGAGCCACGCGCGGGCGACCAAAGAAAAAAAGGUCAAAAAAGCGAAACGCAAGCCGCCGCUCCCGCCGCCCGACGACCCGAUCCCGUCCAUGGCGCCCGUCGCGCAAAAGCUCCAGGAAACCAUCGGACGGCCCGUCGAGUACCUCUGCCAUGUCGAGAGUUUGCACGAGCGACUGCACAAACCUCCACUGUCCUUGUCGCCCACGCCCGCCAAUCCGUCUGUGACGCCAAGCGGUAGCCCUACCCCUGGCACCGAGCCAAUGACACCCCCCGAGGUGUCGAUGCCGCCGUCGCUCCAGCUCAACAUAAUUCUCAUGGAGCACAUGGAGGCGCUCUUCCAUCCGCCACCGCGGGUAGACCCGAUCGUUGUCGACGACGCCAAAGUGUUGAAGGACGACCCGAAAGCCAAAGCGCCGGCCAAAAAAGGCAAGGGCAAAGACGACGACGAGAAGAAACCGGCGCCGGUGGUUGCGUCGCCUAGUGUUCUCUCGGUGCGCGAGGCCCCGGUGUACGCGUCGGACGACGCCAAGAUGACCGCUGUGUACAAUGGCACGUACGCCGAUGUGGUCUCGGAAGGGUUUCGAUCGCUCAUUGAUGUGACCGCGCUCGACUCGUUUGGCGGCGACGACUGGAAGAGUAUCGUAGCGCUGCCCGCGACACCGUUUGUCGGUCCAGCGCUCGCGACUGAGAUGCGGCGUCUCGCACCGCUCUUGCAACCGUUCGGCUCCUUCCCCAACCGCGUGCGGCCCGACGGCAGUCGCCUCGUCGUUGUGCUCGGCGGCAAAUCGCUCGUCUCCAAGUUGUGGCUCUUGGAUUACCUGCUCGAGAUUGCCGACGCCAUCUACUUGACGGGCGGCGUUGCGGUGAGUGUCGUGCGAUUUCUCAAUGCGUCCAAGGCUGCCCAAAAGACACUGUCGCUGCCCAACGAGCCGGGCUUGACGCUGCGUGUGCUCGAUCGCGUGCGCAGCAAAGCCCGGCGCCUCCUCGUGCCGCUGCUGGUGCCUAUGGAUUUUCUCGUCGGGGACGGUCCCAUCGAGCCAGAGGCAGACAACGAAGAGGCACCCAGCGACGAUGCGCCAGGCCAUACCACGGCACGUGGUGAUGACGACGACGACGACGCCGACGACGCCGAUGAAGACGACGACGACGAGGAAGACGAGGAGGACGAAGACGACGUACCGAAAAAGAAGAAGAAGACGAAAGUUCCCGCGCCCGUGGUCGUUCCCGAAGUGGUCCUUGUCAACGAGCCGGACGAGGUUUGCGACCUUCGCCCGACAUUGCCGUUUGAAGGCACGACUUUGCACUUGCGACACCAAGAUUUGGACGAGGAAGACGCGACGGGGUGGCUGCCGCUCGAAAACAUCACGCCCGACAUGCUCGCCUCGGCGUAUCAAGCGGUGUUGGCCAACGACGGCACGCCGCUGCCGUUGCCCCCGACGUGGAUCCAGCGCGUCUACGAUGUGGGCCCCCGCUCGGUCGCGAGUUUACUCGGUCGGCUCCGUGCCCCCCACGACCCUGUCAUUGUCGCAGGUCUGCCAGGUAUCGUCGAGUGCCGCGACUUUCAGCAGAGUACGUCCGCGCUGCUGUCGGUCUUGCGGCCCAAGAAGGAGCGAGUCAUUGUUUCGGGCAGCACCACGGCGCAUUGGUUGCAGCAGCUCGACACGGACGAGACAGGUGCCAAGCUCAUAACGUCGGCGUCGGCGCGUAGCCGGAACGUCCUUUCCUACUACGUGGCCGGUCAGCGCCACCCGGCCCUGGCCGCGCUGCAACCCAAGGUCUAAGUCAAACUAGCUCCAGAACAGAGCGAGACGACAAUGUGUACACAAAAUUGCAUCCAAUGAAACAAGACUUAGUGCGGGUGGUUGCAGUUGCCGCACUUGGUUGAA